GGCGGGAGGUCUUGCAGCCGCUCUCCUCUCCUACUGUUUGGGAACCAGCAGAAGCGUAGCUAGAUCUUUAUCCCCUCCGGUUCUAACCUAGAACCUCGAACUAGUAUUAAAUUUAUCCAGGCUACUGUUGACUGCAAUACACAGGAGUAACUGGACUGAAUCAUCAAUUUUGCCGUCAGUUUCCCGCCAGCAGUUUCAUGGACCUUGGGCAUAGUUUUGAUGACAAGUGUGAAAGCAGACUUUACAUUGGCAAUCUCGACUUAAGGAUAACUGAGGCAGCUCUUAUUAAGAUGUUCUCUCCAUUUGGAAAGAUAGUAUCUGAAGACUUUCUGUGGCACACAAGAGGCCCUAAACGUGGAGAGCCACGUGGAUAUGCUUUCGUUCAGUUCAACACGAAAGAGGAAGCUAAAUUGGCCAAAGAGAAGAUGCACGGGAAGUUGGUUUGUGGUCGGCCUUUGGUUGUUCGCCUUGCUAGUGAGAAAUACUUGAUGGAUGCAGCAAGUAAUUCACCUAAUGCAAUUGGGGACUCAAGCAAAUCAAGCCUUGCUGGUAGCAGUUCAGGACAAGUGAAUCGAAGUGCAAAAAUAGCUGCAAUAAAGAACAAAUUGAAGGCCAUGGAAGAGGAGGGCGGGAACCCAAAGAAACAGAAACAAGCCGAUAGCAUAUCUUGCAUGGAGUAGAUGGAGAAUCCUUCAUCUGUUAAAAGAUAAUGGACAGAGAAAUCUGAUAAUUCUGGCUAAUUAAUGUUUAAGCUCUUUGGGUUCCUUUUGGAGUCAACAAUUGUAGGAGAUGAUGACAAUAUAGUUUUCUGGAGACAGGUAGAAAUUUCGUUUUGUGGGUUAAGUUCUUCGGAAAGGUAGACAAUAUAGUCAACAUUAUAUGGUUUGUAUGUAUUAACUUUUAGUACUGACAGGAAUGUAACUCAGUAUUGGAAUCCCCUUUGUUUUACGCAAUUCAGAGACUAUGCCAAGUAACAACUAACAACUGACAAUUGUCAUCCGGUUGCUGACACUUUUUACA